AUGAAGAGUAAAAUUAUGAAAAGUAUACGAUCAUUUGAUUUGUAUUCAAAAACAGAUUCCAUAGCAACAAAGAAAACUUCAUUGGGUGGUGUUGUUUCUAUUCUGGCUCUCAUUAUUAUAAUUUUUCUUGUUGGAUCAGCCUUGAUCCGAUAUCUUAGUAUUAACAGACGGGAUACACUCUCUGUUGAUAUUCAAGUUGAGGAUAGAGUUGUUAUUUUCUUUAAUAUUUCAUUCCCUGAUUUAAAAUGUUACGAUCUUCAUGUGGAUUCUGUUGAUGCUAGUGGAGAUGCUGCCAUUGAUGUUGCUCACCACAUUCAUAAAGUUCCAGUCGAUUCAUCAGGAAGAAUUACUCAUUUGGAAUCACCAAAACAUAAAACAAAACUCGGAACUGAAAUGCCACAAGAUAAGUACGAUCCAACAAAAGAUCCACAUAGUAUUAUGUAUUGUGGCACCUGUUAUGUUGAGCAAAGAAGAGGGGAAUGUUGUAAUACUUGCCAAGAUGUUAUGGAAGUUUAUAAGAGAAAUGGAUUGCCAGCUCCACGAGUUGAGGAUGUUGAACAAUGUUUAUUUGAUGCUUCUAAGAAUCAUCCUGGAUGUAACAUUUAUGGUACAUUGGAUGUACAAAAGGUGAAUGGUAAUUUCCACUUCCUUCCUGGACGUUCAUUCUCUCAAGAAUAUGAAACCAGAGUUCAUCACAUUCACGAAUUUAAUCCAAUUCUCGUUGAUAGAUACAAUAGUACUCAUAUUAUUCACUCACUUUCAUUUGGUUUGAGAAUUCCACAUGUUACUUAUCCACUCGAUGAAACUGUUGGUAUCAUUCCAAAGAUUGAGGAAAGUGAUGCUCAAGCUCCAAAGACAGCUCUUUUCAAAUAUUUCAUUAAGGCUGUUCCAACAACAUACAUUGGUUCCUCAUACUUCUCCAGUACUAUUAAUACCUAUCAAUUCUCCUUCACAAAACACGUCAUGCCAUUUGAUAGUUCCAAGAUGAUGAUGCUUCCAGGUGUCUUUUUUGUUUACAAUUUUGAACCUAUCAGAAUUACCUAUGAAGAAAAUGGUAUGCCAUUCACUCAUUUCAUUGUUGACUUGAUGGCUGUAUGUGCUGGUAUUUUUGUUGUAUUGAACUAUAUUGAUGCAUUACUCGAAGGUGUUGUUCAUAAAUUAAGGAAACAAGAUUAA